AUGGCUCAGGUCCAGAGUAUGGCGUCCGCUCUGCAAAGCUCCACAGCACGAGUCGUGGUGGUGUUUGCGACCGAAGGCCAGUUGGUGGCACUGUUCUCAGAGGUGCCGUUGUCCCAGUGUAGUGCACCCUGCUCCCCGGGCACCAGGAAGGCCACUCGUAUGGGACAGCCUCCAUGUUGCUUUGACUGUUUGCCCUGCGGCGAUGGAGAGAUCAGCAAUCAAUCAGGAUCUAGUGAGUGUACCAAGUGCCCUCAGUACUACUGGUCUGACGAGAACAAAGUCAAAUGUGUCCCUGGCGUUGAAGAGUUCUUAUCUUACACUGACACUAUGGGCAUCAUCCUGGUCACUUUGACGUUACUGGGAGUGUCCCUUACUGCUGUGAUCACCACCGUCUUCCACUGUUUUCGCACCACACCCAUUGUCAAGGCCAACAACUCCGAGAUCAGUUUCUUGCUUCUUGCAUCACUCAAACUGUGCUUCCUGUGUUCUCUGGUGUUCAUGGGUCAGCCGUCAGUGUGGUCAUGCCGACUCCGACAGGCAGCGUUUGGUGUCAGCUUUGUCCUCUGCCUCUCUUGUCUCCUGGUUAAAACUAUUGUUGUGCUGUUGGCCUUUAGGACCAAAACACCCCGCUCCAACACUCUGCGCGCGUUUGGACCAAUCCAGCAAAGAAUUCUCAUACUGUGCACCACUGCGCCACAGGUACCAAACAUCUGUUCUCUGCGCUUUUGA